AUGACGUUAUUGGGAGUUGAAUUGCAGUUUAUACACAUAUUUAGAGUGACGAUAUUUAUACCUGACAACGACAAAACUCCAGUUUAUGAUGAGCUACAUUUUUUGGAGGCUAAUAUAGUUCGCAACAUUAUUACUCAUCUAAACAUAAAAUAUCAAUAUAUUAUGUUAGAAGCAGUCGAUAGUGUGGUACUCUACGAUCGUUUUUGGAUGUGCUGGAAAUUAGUAGGCAUUGCAACGGAUCAAAACAAGUAUAUUUGCGGUUUAUAUGAUCUCUGCCUAAAUAUAUUUGUUACCAUCUUCUAUCCACUGCACUUAACUAUUGGUUUAUUUAUGGAACCCACAUUGGGUGAUGUAUUCAAGAAUUUAGCCAUUAAUGUCACUUGCAUUGUCUGCAGCCUGAAGCAUUUAUUAUUCCGUUACAAAUUAAAAAAAAUCAGAGCUGUACAAAGUAUUUUGCAUGAACUUGAUCGACGUGUAGUGGCUGCAGAAGAACGUAAAUACUUUAGCGAAGUCCCUAAAGCAAGUGCUUUAUUAGUGGUGAAUGCCUUCUUCACAGCUUACAUAUUCAGUAAUAUAACAGCAAUUGCUGCGACAUUGCUAGCUUCUGAACCGAGACUUAUGUAUCCUGCUUGGUUACCAUUCGAUUGGAGUAGUAAUACAUUUACCUAUUGGGCUGCACUAUUAUACCAGUUCGUUGGUAUAACCAUACAGAUCAUACAGAACUUGGCUAAUGAUAUUUAUGCACCGAUGAGUCUUUGCAUAUUUGCUGGCCACGUGCAUAUGUUGGGUAUGCGUUUGUCCAAACUGGGACACAAUCCAAUAUUAAAACAAGAUGAUGUUAAUAAACAAUUAUUGCAAUGCAUAGAAGAUCAUAAAUUAUUGUUGAAAAUUUUCUAUUUGCUACAAGACACAUUGUCUUUGGCACAAUUGGCGCAGUUCAUUUCAAGUGGUCUGAAUAUAUGCAUUGUUUUGGUGUACUUACUAUUUUUUGCAGAUAACAUUUUUUCUUAUAUAUACUAUUCAGUCUAUUUUGUUUCCAUGACUAUAGAGAUUUUUCCUUGUUGCUACUAUGGCAGUAUCCUACAGGAGGAAUUCGCUAAUUUACCUUAUGCUGUUUUUAAAAGUAACUGGCUUGAAAGUCAACGGAAUUAUCGUCGACACAUGAUCAUCUUUACUGUUUUGGCGCAAAAACAAGUCACCCCGUUGGCUGGAGGGAUUAUUGCCAUACAUUUAAACGCAUUUUUUACGACUUGCAAAAUGGCCUAUUCUCUGUUCGCAGUACUGAGGCAAAAUUAA